AUGGACGAAUCGAUCGGGUCGUGUUUCGGGGCGUGCUGCGCGAUAUGUACAUCUUCCGCAUUAGAACAAUGGUGUUUCUCCAACAAGUGCGGGACUCGUGGCAACGGCUCGAGUGGGUGCUGUGGAUCGUGCUUCGACCGCUCUUUCGACCACGACGAGUUCGCGGAGGAGCGGCGCGCGGGAAAGGCAGUGGGCGUGGCGGUGGACGUUCAGCCCUCGCCAAAAAAUGGGAUGGAGGUGGCGCGACGGUCGUCUGAUUUUGCCGUGCCUGCAGAGGGGGGCGGUACGGGGAAGGAAGCGAAGGACGAUGAGGAGGGGAGGCGACCGAGGCUUGACCAUGCACGCGCGACUUUGCUUCACGGUACGUCCGUCCGUCGGUAA